AGCCCUCUGGCCCUGGACAACUUCAAGCUGUCUGAGCCAGUGAAGAGCCUGCUGCGCGCCAAGGGCAUCGAGGCGCUGUUUGACAUCCAGGCGCAGUGCCUGCCGCCGCUGCUGGAAGGGCAGGACCUGGUGGGGCGGGCGCGCACCGGGUGCGGCAAGACCCUGGCCUUUGUGCUGCCCAUCGUGGAGCGGCUGGCGGGGGGCCAAGGCGCGGGGGGCAAGCGCGCCUUCGGGCGCGCGCCCAGCGUGGUGGUGCUGGCACCCACGCGGGAGCUGGCCAAGCAGGUGGCCGCCGACUUUGAGUACUACGCCAAGGCCUUCUCCCUCACCACCGUCUGCCUGUACGGCGGCACGCAGUACGGGCCGCAGGAGGGCAUGCUGCGGCGCGGCGUGGAUGUGGUGAUCGGCACCCCCGGCCGCGUGAAGGACCACCUGGAGCGAGGCACACUCAAGCUCAACCAGCUGCGCUUCCGCGUGCUGGAUGAGUGCGACGAGAUGCUCAACAUGGGGUUUGUGGAGGACGUGGAGAAGAUUUUGAACGCCGGGGUGGACGCCGCCACGGUGCAGACGCUGCUCUUCUCCGCCACGCUGCCCCACUGGGUCAAGGACAUCACCAAGCGCUUCCUCAAGCCCGGCUUCACCACAGUGGACCUGGUGGGCAGCCAGAAGAUGAAGGCCUCCACCAGCGUGCGCCACCUGCUGCUGCCGUGCCACUGGAGCCAGCGCUCCCAGAUUGUGCCCGACCUGGUCAAGUGCUACGGCGUGUGCGGCCGCACCAUCAUCUUCACCGAGACCAAGAACGACGCCAACGAGCUGUCGGGCACGCUGGCAGAGAGCUUCGGGGCGCGCGCGCUGCACGGAGACAUCCCGCAGGGCCAGCGCGAGGUCACGCUGGCCGGCUUCCGCAGCGGCAAGUUCAGCGUGCUGGUGGCCACCGACGUGGCGGCGCGCGGCCUGGACAUCAGCGGCGUGGAGCUGGUGAUCCAGCUGGAGCCGCCCAAGGACCCAGAGACGUACAUCCACCGCAGCGGGCGCACGGGGCGCGCGGGCCAGACGGGCAUCUGCCUGACGCUGGUGGACCGUCGCAAGGAGGGCCUCAUCCCCUACAUCCAGACCAAGGCGGGCCUCAAGUUUGAGCGGGUGGGCGCCCCCCAGCCCAGCGACAUGGCGCAGCUGGCGGGGGAGCGGGCGCUGGAGGCGGUGCAGGCGGUGGACGUGUCGGUACUGCCCUUCUUCAGGGCAGCCGCCCAGAAGCUGCUGGAGUCUGUGGGCAGCCCCGAGGAUGCCGUGGCGCUGGCUCUGGCCAAGAUCACGGGGCACGUGGAGAUGCGGCCGCGCUCGCUGCUCACCGCGCACGAGGACUUCACCACCCUGCGCUUUGUGUCGCCCUGGCCGGUGGAGAAGCCGGGGCAGGUGUUUGGCUUCCUGCGCAAGCACAUGCACGAGGAGGAGACUGUGGAGGAGGCCAAGCGCAUGACGCUCACCGCAGACGGCCUGGGCGCCGUGUUUGACGUGCCCACCAGCCUGGCGAAGGAGUUUUUGGCAAAGUGCGGCAAGAACGAGGGGACGCGCGCCACCGCACACCUCCAGGUGGCCACCUCCCUGCCGGAGCUCAAGGAACGGGAGCAGCAGUACGGCGGCGGCGGCGCAGGCUUUGGCAGCCCCGGCAACGGCUUCCAGCGGGCAGGGGGGUACGGCGGGCGCGGCGCGGGGUAUGGCGGCCGCGGCGGCAGCAGCGGCGGCGGCCGCGGCGGCUUCGGCGGCCGCGGCGGCAGCAGCGGCGGCCGCGGCUUUGGCGGCGCACGCAAGUUUGGCGGCAGGAAAUGA